UCGCACACGUGUCGAGAGCGAGCAGAUCACGAGCGGAAGUGUAGUUCACAUGUGAGGCAGAUGAAGUGAAAACAGUCCUCGUGUCUUGAAGAAACACUGAAUGUCUCGAGCUCAUGAUGGACUCGACUGUGUCUUUAGUGAAGAAACAGAGACAGAACGCGAAGCGGCGUUUGAGUGAAGAGUCGGAUCCCGCCGCGCGCGUCGCGGAGGAGCGCAGUAAACAGAAGAAACACGCGGCGCUGUGCGCGACGCUCGGCGAGGACGACGCGUCCGUCCAACUGCUAGAGGAGCUCGUGUUCGGAGCGGACGAGCGACUCACUGAACGACUCACUCAGAAGAGUGACACGCUACUGAAAGAUGACGUCUGCAGCUCUUCAGAGGAUGAUGACGACAUACAUCAACAUCCUCCAAAGAACAAACCUGUAUGGGAGGAUGAAGAGGAUGACGUGGAAGAAGAUGUGGACGUGACGCAUCGAUAUCGUGUGGACUACAAAAAGAGCGAAGCGGAAACUAAGAUGAGCAAACAGAAGCUACAGCGACACUUAAAGGAACAGUUUCAGAAAGCGAUGGGUGGAACACCGAGCUGGGCGGAGGUGACUGUCAAAACGGCCAAGAAAAAAGAAGAUGAGUUUGAUGAAGAUGAUGAAUUGAUGCAGCGGACGGGAAACUUCAUCGGCUCAUCUGACAGUCUUCCUAAAGGAAUUAUUAAGAUCAAAAAGUGCUUGAAUGCCAAUAAUGAACGUCCAGGUGACGAUCGACUGACCUCGGUACAGUUUCACUCGACCGCUCAGAUUGUGAUGACGGCCGGUCUGGAUUGUUCUGUAUCGCUCUUUCAGGUUGAUGGCAAGACAAAUCCAAAGAUCCAGAGCAUUCAUCUGGAGAAUUUUCCGGUGAAUAAAGCUUCAUUUAGUGCUGAUGGAGAACAUAUUGUAGCCACAGGAUUGAGAAACAAACUCUUCUACAUGUAUGACAUGAUGGAGGGAAAAAUCCUGCCCGUGACUACUGUACGAGGUUUGAAUGAGCAGAGGGUGAAAGACUUUGAGUUAUCUCCAGAUGGAAAGUGUCUCCUCCUCUCGGGAUCAUCAGGUUAUCUUCAUCUCAUGACCAUGAAGACUCGAGAAGUGAUAGGCAGUAUGAAGAUGAAUGGGAAUGUGUGUUCAGCAGGUUUCACUGCAGACAGCAGUAAGAUCUUCAGCAGCUCGGUGGAUGGCGAUGUGUUUAUCUGGGAUGUGAGGAGCAGUAAAUGUUUAAAGAAGUUUACAGAUGAUGGAUGUGUAGGAGCCACAUCAUUGGCUCUGUCACCAGAUGACAUGUAUCUGGCCUGCGGGUCUCAGUCUGGUGUGGUGAACGUGUACUCUCAGAAGGAUUGUCUGCAGAAUACUGAGCCCAAACCUCUGAAGGCCAUCAUGAAUCUGGUGACCGCUGCCACGUCUCUGUGCUUCAAUAGCAACUCUGAGAUUCUGGCCAUUGGAUCCAGAGCGGAUGAUGAGGCCAAUCGAUUGGUUCACAUUCCCAGUUUCACAGUGUUCUCUAACUUUCCACUCAUGAGGAAAAAGACGAUCUUUCAAACCCGCUGUGUGGAUUUCUCUCCGAGGAGCGGCUUCUACACUGUGGCCAAUAAUAAAGGCCAUGCGCUCCUGUUCAGACUUCUGCAUUAUAAAAGUUUCUGAGUUUGCUCUGUGAGUGACAUCUGUCGUCACGUCCUGAUCGGCUGUCAGCAUCAAUAUGACUUUCACCUUCACUUCAGUGUUUCAUUAGUCUUAUAAAAACUGUUAAUAACAAGAUUACUACACAGAUUUUGUUCUCAAUAAUUCAUCUGAUUCGUUUUUAUGUACAGUAUAUAACAUAAAACCAUCAAACUCAAAGUUUUGUGCUUUGUUCAUCUGAAGCAGUUUCUGGAAGUGUGUUGGUGUGUGUUGUAAUACCAUGAGCUCUCCUCUUUGUUGCUCAUAAUUAAAUCUCUUUAUUACAGUA